AUGAAGCUUUUCCGCGCCACGCAGGCUUGCACUGCCGUGUCACUCUUGGCAGUGAACCUGUGUUCGCUCCCCGCAUCAGCUAUCGACCUCGACCCGACAAACCAGGAUUCGGUGCGCGCCGCUGCCAAACAUGUCGCUCAGGUACUGUGGUCCAUGUACGCCACAACAGACAACCAGGUCAUCUCCGGCAUAACCGGCUUGUUGACCUAUCCUCCGUACUAUUGGUGGCAAGCCGGUGCCAUGUUUGGCCAAUUGAUCGACUAUUGGUACUAUACCGGUGACGAGGACUACAAUGACAUGAUCCGGGACGGUCUGAUACACCAAGCAGGAGACAAGUGGGAUUUUAUGCCCGCGAACCAGUCCAAGGACGAAGGUAACGACGACCAGUUGUUCUGGGCCUUCACGCUUAUGAGUGCCGCCGAGUACAACUUUCCCAACCCUCCCGACGGAACACCCGGCUGGCUCGCUCUCAGUCAGUCCAUCUGGAACCAGCUUGCGACGCGCUGGGAAUCUGCGACGUGCGGUGGCGGAGUACGAUGGCAGAUAUACCAGUGGUUGCCGGGCUGGAAUUACAAGAAUUUGGCUUCCAACGGUGGAUACUUCCAGCUGUCAGCUCGGCUGGCGCUGUUUACGGGCAACGAAACGUACGCGAACAGGGCUGUGGAGAUCUUUGACUGGCUGGAGAACACAAGCCCGCUGGUCACAAAAGAUUACGUCGUUUACGAUGGUGCCAGCACGGAGGGCAAUUGUACCAAGCCGGACCAGAACCAGUGGACUUAUAACUACGGCAUCAUGAUCGGAGGCGCCGCAUACAUGUACAAUUACACCAACGGUUCCGAUCUGUGGGCCCAGCGCCUGACUGGGUUCAUUAACAAAACAUCCAUUUUCUUCCCCACCCAGAACAACGGCAUCAUGACAGAACCUUGCGAAGGACCGCAGAACUGCAACGGCGACAUGGUCUCCUUCAAAGGCUACCUUGCUAGGUGGUACGCUGUUUCCGCUCAACUCGCGCCGUUCACCGCACCUCUGGUCAUGCCACAUCUGCAGAAGUCAGGCGUUGCGGCAGCGCAAUCUUGCGUUGGCCCCUCCACCACGGGCGGUGGUCAAUAUGAAUGCGGAAAUCGAUGGUACUGGAAUGGCUAUGAUGGCAAGUCAGGCGUCGGUCAACAGCUGGCUGCCCUCAGUAUCAUCAGUGCAAACAUGGUUCCAUACUCCAAGGCUCCAUUGACCUCUAACAGUGGCGGGACCAGUAAGGGAGACCCCGGGCUUGGUACCGGUGAAGACGAGGGAAUACCGCAGAUAGAUUAUGGCGUCGCUACAGCAGGAGAUAAAGCGGGCGCGGCGAUUCUUACAAUCUUCAUGACUGUUGCAACGGUCGGCGGCGCAUAUUGGUUGGUUAUUUAA